AUGAAAGCUGUUCCUUUGCUACUCUCCUUUGCCCUCCUCUCCUUCACAGGGUGCGAUCCUGCAUUGGCUGAGGGAAGGAGCGGACAAGAAGUCUUCAACACCAAGUGCAUCGCCUGCCAUCAGGGCGGCGGGAACACGCUGAAUCCCUCCAAGACGCUCACGGAAGACUCUCUCAAGAGAGAUGGGUACUCGGAUGUCAGCGCAAUCAUUGACAUCGUAACGAAAGGCAAGCGGCCGAUGCCUGCCUACGGGAUCAAGUCGAAGAAGCUCGGGUUGGAUCCGGACGAGAUCGAAGCAGUCUCGAGCUACGUGCUAGAGCAAGCCAAGAGCGGGUGGAAGCAGUGA